AUGAGGCAAGCUAUACUUAAGACUCGCAUAAUUUCAGAACGUUUUAUAAGGUCAAACAUAGCAGAACAAUUAUUAGAUAAUGCUUGUAAUGCUGCUCAUGAAGUUAUAGAUGAACAAUAUUCUAGGAUAGACAAUCGUCAUUUGGUGUAUUUAAGCUCAGAUAUAACAAUACAAGGAAAAUUAGUUUACUACAAAUAUUAUAAAAAAAAGUGGUACAUGUGUAUAUCUCCAUCAAGAGUACAAACAACAAAAUCUAAUCAAUCAAAAUUAUCAAAGAUACAUAGUAUCCCAUUUAAGAAAAGCUCUAUAAUUGCAAUAGAAGCUAUUGAAUAUUCAUCUUGUAAUAUAGAUAAAGCUUGUAAUAAUGAAAUGGGACACAUUAAGAUAGAUAAGGAUAUAAUUGUGAAAUCAGACUAUAGAUAA